AGGAUCUACAACAGAUGGCGUGUGAUGCCUUUUGACCCGCUCCAAACACAGAAUGCUUUAACAACAGGAUAAUAAACCACGUCGAGCAGGAACACAAUGUCAUCUAAGGGACAGGAGUCGCCGGAAUCCUCGUACACCUAUGAUUUCUGUGACCUAACCCAUCCCACGGAGGUUCUAGAAGCCCUCAGAGAAUACUACACAGAAGGCUUGUUCACUGACAUAGCUCUACAGUGCUCUACAGGGGAGGUCUUCCACUGCCAUAAAGUGGCUCUAUGCUCCCGUAGUUCCUACUUCAGAGCCAUGUUCACAGCAGAUAUGAAAGAGCGGUCCCACAGUGUCGUCAGACUGCCUGGGGUAGAUGUGGAGGUGCUGACGACUCUGAUGGACUAUGUAUACACCUCCAAGGCCUCCAUUACCCAGUGGAAUGUAGAGUCUCUGCUGGAGGCUGCAGACCUGCUGCAGUUCGGAGCCGUGAAAACGGCCUGUGAGAACUUCCUGGUUCGUCUCCUCGACGUCGACAACUGUCUGGGCAUGCUCAGUUUCGCCCAGCUCCAUGUGUGUCUGUCCCUGGAGAAGGAGGCACGCAGGGUCCUGCUCUGCCGCUUCCACGAGGUGGUGAGAGAGGAGGAGUUCCAGGAGCUGGGGGUGGAGAAGGUGAGGAGCCUCCUGCAGGAGGAGAACCUGGCGGAGGUGUUGAAAGAGGCGGUGCUGGUGGAGGGGGUGGUGAGGUGGCUGGCCCACGAUACUCUUGCCCGCAGGGGACACUUCCAGGAGCUUCUUCACUCCGCCCACUUAGACCUGAAGGAAGAGUACCUCAGGACUGCCUUGGAGCUUCAUAGAGAGUGUCUGGAGACUGGCGCUGAAGACAUCCACUCUCUAUUUGUCCAAGCUCUGAAGACUGCUUUUCAUAUCAAUAAAAGCCCUCCGGAACACUGCAGAAGGAGCAGGAGACUGACCUCCAGGAUGUUUGUGAUAGGAGGGUACCACUGGCACCCUCUGUCUGAGGUCCAGACCUGGGACCCGGUCACGGACCAGUGGCAGCAGGGGGAGGAUAUGCCAGACCACACCAGGGAGAGUUAUGGAGUUUCCCUCCUGGGCUCCAACAUCUACAUUAGCGGCGGCUACCGGACAGACACUACAGAGGCUCUAGAUACAGUGUGGGUUUACAGCAGUGAUGCUGAUAAGUGGACACAGGGGCAGCCCAUGCUGACAGCGAGGUACUACCACUGCUCUGUGGCUCUGCAUGGGUGUGUCUACGUCAUAGGAGGGUACAGAGGAGGGGCGCCCAUGGGGGAAACGGAAUUCUAUGACCCCCUGAAAAGGAAGUGGAUUCCCGUAGCUAAUAUGGUACAAGGUGUGGGGAACGCUACGGCCUGUGUUCUGAGAAACACAAUAUAUGUGGCAGGCGGUCACUAUGGUCACAAGGGAAGCUGCACCUAUGAUAAGAUUCAGACCUACAGGGCAGACGUCAAUGAAUGGAGCAUAACAACGACCUGUCCUCAUCCAGAGUACGGCCUGUGCCUGGUGUCACUGCAUCCCAAGCUGUACCUGGUGGGUGGUCAGACCACCAUCACAGACUGUUACGAACCGGACAGAGAUGAGUGGCGCCAGCUGGCCAGGACCAAUGAGAGGAGGAUGGAGUGUGGCGCCGUGGCCAUGAACGAGUCCCUGUACGUCACCGGGGGCUACUCCUACUCCAAGGGCACCUACCUGCAGAGCGUGGAGAGGUACGACCCCGAACAGGACACCUGGGAGAUCGUGGGGAAUUUACCUGGAGCGGCGCGGUCACAUGGAUGUGUCUGUGUUUACGGUGUUUAGAGAGAGAGAGAUAGAGAUAGAGAGAGAGAUAGAGAUAGAGAGAGAGAUAGAGAGAGAGAUAGAGAGAGAGAGAGAGAUAGAUAGAGAGAUAGAGAGAGAUAGAGAUAGAUAGAGAGAUAGAGAGAGAGAUAGAGAUAGAUAGAGAGAUAGAGAGAGAUAGAGAUAGAGAGAUAGAUAGAGAGAUAGAGAGAUAGAGAGAUAGAGAGAGAUAGAGAGAGAGAGAGAGAGAGAGAGAGAGAGCGUUCCAGGUUUUCAGUAAUGCAGUUGUGGGUGUGUGUGUUUAUAGUGUUUAGAGGCAGAGUGGGGGUCUUUAUUGCUGUUGUGCUGCGCUGCACAUCUCAGAAAAUAGUUUUGGUAAACUAUAUAUUGUAUUCCUGUUGUUUAACACGUACCCAGGCGUUGUGAGAUCGUGUGACUGCAUUUGAAACAACCUGGAACGUGUCCUUUGUUACUGCUCCAUUCAGAGGACUUUUUCAGACAACUGAUCACAUCUGAUCUACCUCAUCCUGUUGUCCUACUAUAGACACGUGAAUAUUUAUUGUGUCCGAUUAAGAGAUUUUUUGGGCGUGAAAUGUUCCCCUAUGCUUGAAGUGGGGGCCUGAGUGAAAAAGUUUAGGAACCCCUGAAUUAGAUAACUAACGGUGUGUUGUUUACAAUGAUUUGUUUGUUUUAUACAUUGCAUUGUAAAACUUUUGAUUGUGAAAAUAAUUUAUAUUUUUUUUACUUGAUUUAGCCAUUUUGAAUGGCAGCAGCUGACACACAUUGCAAAGCACCACUAGGGGAUUUAUACUAAAAUAUUUCUUAAUAUUUAUUUUAUUUAUUUGAACAGGAAAAAAGAGGAGUUGAUACCAUACAAAUGAAUGUACAACUUUGCAUAGUUUUCUAUCUUUUAAAUAUAAUUUUAAAAGAAUCACCGGCAGUAGCCUUUCCUGCAGGACAAUGACCAAAUCGACCUCUAGUAACGACUGUUGGAAGGAGAGGACCAAGGUGCAGCGUGGUACGUGUCCAUAUUUAUUAAAUGAACACUGAAAUAACAAAAAUAACGACCAAAACAUAGAAUGCCCACCCCAACUCAGGCCCUGACCAAACCAAAAUAGAGACAUAACAAAGGAACUAAGGCCAGGGUGUGACACCUCUAGUGGCCUCGUGGGUGGAAUGUUAUUAAGAUUUUUCACCAUUUCAGAAUUAAUAAACCUUUUUUGUGGGGUGAGAGGCGCAUAAAAUCUGUUUUUAUAUGUCAAAUGGCUUGGUUAUAUUUCAGUCUAAUGUAAUGUAUAUGAAGUGUAAUAUUGGGAUGCAAAUUCAAAAUGUAAUACAUUUCAACUUUAUAUCUGACAUGAUAC